CAAAAUUGUCGCGUUAAUGCUGUAAAACCUGUUUAGAACUGUAAUGAAAUAUGAUACAUGUAUGUCAGAAUGCCGAAGCUGUCUAACCUGCCUAUAUAACUCAAGUCGGAGUGGGAGGUGAAGUGGGGAGACAUCGGAAAAGCGAGGACAGUGGGCAGGCCAGACAUCGCGCUGGUGCUGGUUACGGAUGGCCGGUGGGGACAAGUGGGCUUAACCGGGGUUUAAGGAUGAAUCACAAUCGGGUGAAGAUUGGCAGGAGGGUAGGACAGUAACGUUCGAUGCUAGAAUAUAUUACUGAUCGAAAUCAUUAACGUAAGAGUUCUGGUUCGAACUGACGCGAUAUUUUCAUUGCUACAGAAAGUAUACUCUUGGCUACGAAACCCGACUUGAAUAUAGGCGAUAAACUUCAGUACAUUAUUGAAUUUUGAGUGAAUUAUGGCAAGUUUUGCUGCACAAGCAGCACUUAGAUCAAAAUGGUCAAAUUUGGUUGAAUCGUCUUCAUUUGAGGUUCCUGGAGAAGUUUCUUCUGGAGUGAGAAGUGUUGUAGGAUGGCUGAAACAGGCAUCACUUGAAGUGCGACAAGCAGGUCGGCGUACACUGAGUUCCUUAUCAGGAGGAGCCAUGGGUAGCAACGUCAUUACUAUUUUACAUUUCAAUGAUGUAUAUAAUGUAGAAUCACGAGCAACAGAACCUGUUGGUGGAGCUGCUCGUUUCUGCACCGCUUUUAAAUCAUUUUCUCAUCUGAAUCCUUUAAUUCUAUUUAGUGGUGAUGUUUUCUCACCUAGUAUGUUAAGUACAUUUACAAAGGGAGAACAGAUGAUUCCAGUACUGAAUGAGCUGGGAACUCACUGUGCUGUGUUUGGAAAUCAUGAUUUUGAUUUUGGAUUAGAAAAGUUAAGUGAAUUAACUGCACAAACUAACUUUCCAUGGCUUAUGUCUAAUGUAAUUGAUCAAGAAACUGGAAGACCUCUUGGUGAUGGUCGUAUUACACAUGUUGUUGACUGGAAUGGGAAGAGAUUGGGUUUGAUAGGGUUGGUGGAACAGGAAUGGCUUGAUACACUUUCUAAUAUAAAUCCUGAAGAAGUUACAUUCCUUGAUUUUGUAGAAGCUGGAAGGAAACUAGGGGCUCAACUGAAGCAAGAGGUAAAUGGGAAAUAUAUUAUCAAGAGUGGAACAGAUUUUCGUCAGUUUUCUAAAGUAUCUUUGUCAUUUGAGAAAGCAACGGUGGAAAUUACUGUUGAAGACAUUUCAGUUACUUCAUCUUAUGAUGAAGAUCCUAAUGUGAAAGCAGCUUUGGAAAAAUAUGACAGUGUAAUGGAAGGCAAAAUGGAUGAAGUUCUUGGAUCAUUUAGUGUACCAUUGGAUGGACGUUUCCAAAGUGUUCGUACAAGUGAAUCAAAUUUAGGAAAUUGGAUAUGUGAUGUUGUUUUAGCAGCCACUGGAGCAGAUCUGGUCUUACUUAAUUCUGGUACAUUUCGUUCAGAUAUGGUUCAUCCUGCUGGGAACUUCACAAUGCGAGAUCUAGUUACUGUCAUACCAAUGAUGGAUCCUCUGGUGGUGAUAUCUGUUACAGGACAAAAUAUUCUGGAUGCACUUGAGAAUGGUGUUUCACCAUAUCCAAAACUUGAAGGCAGAUUUCCUCAAGUGGCAGGAGUUAGUUUUGCAUUUGAUCCUACUCAAUCUCCUGGAAGUCGGGUUGAUCCUCAACUUGUGAGGAUAGGAGAUGAAUAUUUGGUUCAUGACCAACACUAUCGUUUGGCUACUAAGACAUAUUUAUUUUCUGGUUGUGAUGGAUAUAACAUGUUGAAAGAUGCAAAAAUUUUGGUCGAUGAAGAGGAAUGUCCGGAACUUGGUCGAGCUGUUCAGAAUCAUUUUCAGGCUAUUAACAUGAGAUUGGGGAAGACGAAACGACCAUCAAAACACAGACAAUCCCUUGUUACUUUGUCUCGAAGACACAGUCUUGUUAAAACUUUGGACGGGAGCAGUGAACUUGAUGGACCUCCUCCUCUUCGAAGAGGCAGUUCUGCAGAUAUUGGGGAUAGACACUGUGGUAGCCCUUCUCCCCCUCAUAUACAACGAAGUCGCCUGACACGACGAGCAAGUUUGGAUGAUUUGGAACAAGAGUCUUGCCAAUUGAUGCCACGAAUUGAAGGCCGUAUAGUUAUCUUGAAUGAAGAAAAACGAAGGGAACUGCUGUUGGAAAGGCAAAGACUAGAGCAGGACUCAGUCAUACCAGAAGUUGAAGAUGAAACAUCUCCUCAAGGUAGCCUUGAUUAACAAGCAAAACUUGAAUUUAGUGGGUAAUGUAUUAAUUAUUUGAAUUUUUCUGAUAUUAUUUAUUGAAAAUAAAUGUUCAGUUUGUGUAAGAAUAUUUUUUAGUCAUCUUGCUAUAAAUUAGUCGUUUUGCUCUCUUAUCUCCACCAGUUUUAAACCUUUUUUAAACAUAUUUUUAAGGUUCUAGCACUGACAUUCAUUCAUUUAUAUGAGUAGAUGGCAUUUGUCGACUGACAAGUUGUUUAUUUGUUGUAUAAAAUGAUCAUCCUAUAUUUGAAACGUUUGCAUAUUUUUGCACGUUUUCUUGUGUAGUCAAAAUUCUGUCUGCUUUCAUUGAUGUACAGUAUUUGUUUGUCAUGUUUGAAAACAGUAAAAAAGAAGCAAAUUGUACUGGAUCAUUGAAUUUGAAGUUUUUUCCUAGCCCUUUGCAAGUGAACAUUGUUGCUAAUAGAACAUUGAAAUGCUAGUGCACAUGAAAGAUAUUUUGAUGUGAGGGUUAAUUGCAGCCAGCUGCAGAAGGAGAUAAUUGCUGGGGCAUAUUAUGUAGGGGCAAUGCACAUGCCUUUUUUACUCUACUUAAGCCUCCUGUGCUAAAACAGGCCUGUGUAGAUUGUACUAAUAUGUACAUACUAAAAGUUUUUUGAAGAUACUGCCUUAUAUACUAAUUUAGUGUUUCAUGCACUGUGUGUAUAAUUUUGUUGUUUUAUUCUGUUGUAAGAACUUGUGUUCUUUAAAAUAUUUUAAUUUAUACAUACCCUUUUAAUUUAAACUUUGUUAUUAGUUUACACUGAGGAAAGAGAUUCAUAUUCUUCAUCCAUUAGGCAUUAUGAACUUAAUAAAAUUUGUUAUUAAAUUUGGAAGCUGUAGCUGGUGUAACAUGCAACGCAGUUACGCACAUUCUAGAUCUAAUGUAGUAUAUUUAGUUGUCUUUUAGGGAACUCGAAAACAGACCCAACACUCAUUCCAUAACAAUUUUCCUACUGUUAAAAAUAUGGGGGUUUUCUCAUUUUUUCUUGUGGUUUCUCUUCCACUAAAAUGGAUAUUUUCUUAUAAAAGUAACUAUAAUUACAGUAUAAAAUAAAAGAUUAACAAAUACCUUUCAUUAUAAAUUGUCUUUAUCCCACUACUAGAAUUUUCUACACCCUCCAAGUUUGUAUGUGAACAUACUUUAAAUACAACCAGCCACAUGCCUCCAAAUAAAGCUUUGGUGAAAAAGCAUAACCCUUUCACAAAUUUCUUUGACUUUGAAAAGCGUACGUAAAAUUCUUGUGCAUAAUGACAUUCAUUGUUAAAGAAGAUAUAAAACAGGUUUUAUUAAUGAGUGAAUCCAAGGAUGCUUUUGCAUUGUUAUGAGUAAAGAUUACAACAAAACUGAUACAAGUUCAUGGAAAAAUUUGAGCCCAUUGUCAUUUUGAUUUUACUUUUAAAAGCUGUAGUACUGAGAGGCUACAACAUUUGAUUGAAAUCAAUUAACAUAAUAAAAUUAAACAUUUUAAUUUAUUUUCACCUUAACUAUUAAAUACCUGUGGUCAGAGAAUAGUCUUGCGGAAGUAAUUUGUACUUGGUUAUUUUUUUUCACCAACAGUGUAAUGAAUAAGUAAUUGGAACUUUUUUCGUCAACAUUUUGUGAAGUAGAUAUUGGAUCAAAAAAUGGUUGGCUCAUUUAACAUUAGCAAUUUUAUUUCAAAUUAAUUUCUGUAUAUAUUCCGUCCACACUCUUGAGUUUAAGAAAGUACCCUCACGAUUUGAAGAGUAGAGGUAAAUGACUUGAUGUUAUUUUGUUAUUAAUGAGGGGGGAACUCAACUCGCGUCACUCUGCUAAAACAGAAUCAAAGUUGAAAAAUUGGCAAAUUGUGUAAUGUGGGUGAUGUUAAUAUAUUUUGGUUUUUACCUUGAUCUAUAUUGUUUCUUGUGAAUUUAGUGUAAAACAAGUACAGAAGUUUGCUUUUAAAAAAAAUGGAUAGAAUACCUUUUUUUUUCUUUUCUUAAAAUUUAAAUGAAUAUCAACCUCAUUAUCUGUAGCAUGUUUUUAAACAGUGGGUUUUCAUGAUAAUUUUUUAUUGUUAAACAUCAUUAUUUUAUUUCUUUGCUUCUUUGAGUGUCGUGAACAGAUGUAAAGUGGAAAAAAGGUCCUGAACAUAGUCGUUGCCCCUGGCAGUGCCUUCAAAGAAUCAUUUGACAAAAGUUCACACUAAUUCUAUAAAACAUUUAAAAGUGUUUUGAUUGAACAUUUUUAACAUAAUUUAAUUUUUUUUGCUCUCUAACUUCCAUUGGUUAGAAAUGUUGAAAAUAUUUUUAAGGAAGGAAUCUCUUUUUAUGAGUACUUUAAAAAGUUAUUCAAUGACUUUGUGACAAAAAUUCCUUUAUUUCUGCCAAUGUAUUUCAAAGAAUUCUUGAUGUAUUAAAAGUCAGAGUCCAGACAAAAGUUAAUAGGCCUUUUGAGAGUAUAUGAAAUCCAACAUUUUUUGAACCAAUAAAUACUGCUUAUUGUCUAAAAAUAAAGCAAUAGUACUUAUAAGAAGUAUAUCUUGAAACAUGUUGAGAUUUAUAUAUAUUUUUUGCUGCACUCCUUUUGAAAUCUUUAACUAAUUAAUAGCUGUGGUAGAUGCUUUAUAUGGAUGUUACAGAUUGUAUGUGAUAGUGAGCUAAGCUCUUGCAACUUACAUUCCUCAUGAAGAGACCAUAUUGAGUGGUUGGUAAUUGUAAUGGAGUUUCAAAUACAUUUAUGUAUGGGACUCCAGGAUUGUUACUUUUGGUGCUUCUCCUGACUUUGUUUCUAAUGUAGCAUGAAUUGUAAUAUUUUACAAGACAUUUCAUGAUGGAUCAGUGAGUGAAUGUCUCUUAAGUGACUGUGUUACACAUUUAUGUGAAACCUAGAGAAUGAAGGAAAUUAUAUAAGCAUUAUGAAAAAUAAUCAUUUCCAGUAUAAUUCAGAUUUCCUGAAGCAAAAAAUUGCAAAUACCUUAUUUAAAUGCUGCUUUCCAUCCUGUCUAAUUUUAUUUUAUUCUUUGUUUUUGUUUGUGAUUUGUUAACUUUACAUUUUAUGGUGAACCUGUACAAAAAACUAAUUUUUUUUUUU